AAUUAUCUGAAAUAAACUUAACAGCAUUUCGAUGUCUGUAUACCUAACUCUAAUUUUAUAAUUACAUCAUGGAAAGAGGGUAAAAAAUAUAUAAAUAAAUAACUUUUAUUUCGUAUGAUUUAAAUUCAAAAGAUAAAGCAUAUUCGCGCACUUAUUUACUAUGGAAAGAGCGACGCGACGACGCACGCAUGCAUCUUUCGUUUCAUUUCCACUCUCAAAACCGGUCGUUGAUAAAAUAGAGAGGUACAAAAAUUCGUUAAAUUUUUUAGGGCUUCUACGAAGGGGAGGAAUUUUGGUUUGCGAGCGCGGCGUCCGAUGGGGGUUGUUCGGCCGCUUCGCGCCUGCGUACGUAGUUCGCGCCACUGCUACGUCGCCGCUUGCAAGUGCAAGCCAGAUGUUCUCUGAAAAGCUUCCUGUCGCCGUUUCCAUUGCUUCGCAUUUUUAUCAGUUUAUUUAAAAUGUGGACUAGAACGUAUUUGACAUUAUAUUUCAUGAGUGAAUUACGAAGUGAAUAAACUAGUAAUAUGUGUAAUAAAUGAACUGAGUGAGUUAAUAUUUGUUGGAAGUUAUCAGCGUCUCGAUGUCCACGAGUUCACUCGAGACCAACAAAGCGGCGGACAUUUUAUUUUGAGUACUCGAUAAUGUAGCGUUUGUGUCGAAAACUUAUGUCGUUUUAUGGUUAUAACUUUGGACAUUGUUCGCUCACACCUUUCCGAUGCCGAGGGGGGUGAAGCGAGGGUCGGCGGAGGGCGAGGCUGAUGUGGCUUUAGUGGUACGAGCCGGGGCGUCACCUGCACAGACCACUCUGCUGGAUGACAGCCCAAGUCAGCCCAUCAGCUACCAUCUGCUUGACCAUGGCUAUGGUGCUACUCCACAGCAUCAGAUCAGGCGGGAGGCCCUCUCUGCGCCGCCGAAGACGUCUGAAGCGGUGAAACGAAGACUGAACCUUAGUGAGAGCAGCUCGGGCAGCCAGCAGGGGCACCAGGGCCACGUGGUGCCCAUGAAGGCGGACUUCAAGACGCCCAAGCAGAAGCGGGUGAAGGUGCUCACGCCCUACAGCCGACCGUCCAGUUCUAUGAAGAAAUAUACCGAACGAUCCAGGUAUGAAUCUAAAAGGUUCGACACAUCAUUAGGUUUACUAACUCAGAAGUUUGUGGCGCUGCUGCGGUCGUCGCCCAACGGGGUGCUGGACCUCAACAUCGCCGCCGACCACCUCUCCGUGCAGAAGCGGAGAAUCUACGACAUCACCAACGUGCUCGAGGGUAUAGGGAUACUAGAAAAGAGAUCUAAGAAUAAUAUACAAUGGAAGUGUGGUGGUGCGGGGGGCAGCGGCGUAGGCGACGAGAUAACAGCCCGGCGGUUAAGGCGGGACGUGCGGACGCUAGCGGCUCGGGAAGCGAAGCUGUCUCGAGCCGUGGACGCGGCGGAGCGAGCGCUGGGCCGACUGUCGGCGGAACACAGCGGACUGGCGUACAUUACGUACGCGGACCUACGCUCUAUAAGGGAGUUCCGCAACCAGACCGUCAUACCUAUCAAAGCGCCCCCGGACACCAGGCUAAGUGUACCCCAUCCAGAUGAGAAGGGCUACAUGAUCCACCUCAAGUCCAUGUCGGGCGAAAUCGAAGUCUACCUCUGUCCUAAAGAAAGACCUCCAACACCUCCUCCUAAUCCACUGCUCGAGGAUAACAAGGCAUUCCUUGCUCCCCUCAUCGCGCAGCUGCAGUCCAUGCCUUCUAGUUCUAUUACCGCCGACUUCACGACGCCAAUCAAGAAGGAGCCGGGCCUGGAGGGCGAGGCGCGCGCGCUCACGGUGUGCACGCCGUGCACCACGGACCCCACGCGCCCGCUGCACGCGCCCGCCGCCAGCCCCGCGCCGCUCUCCACGCCCACCCCGGACGCGGGCGGCGCGCGGGGCCGGCUGCGCAACGCGCUCAUCGCGGACAGCGACGACUUCGCGCCCAUCAUGGGUGGCGGCCGCUUCCAGCUGCAGACUGAGGACCAGGAGUCUGAAGCGCUGGAGCUGGAGCCGUUCCUGGCGCUGGAGCCGCCCAUGUCGGCCACGGACUACGGCUUCUGCCUCGACCACGACGAGGGGCUGGCGGAGCUCUUCGACUUCGAGUUCUAGCGCCCCGCCCCCGCGCCCGCGCCGCCCCCGGACUCUUACGCUAGCGGGUGCGCGGGCCGUGUGUAUACCUCAGUACCUUAUUGUAUUACGAUGUACCUCUGGGUAUUCAAUAAGUGUUGUAAGGCUACGUAGCGAUUCAAGGCUUGGCCCGGUUCCUGCAUUGGUAGUCUGAGCUUCAGUGAUAAUGUAGCGGCCAGUUAAUCGGUUUUAGGUGACACGUGCGUUGCGUGUGCCGUGCUUAGUGCGAUUAUCGAUUCAGUGACCGGGCAAUAGAUCUAAAUCCUAGUUUUUUUAAAUAAUUAUAGGCGGUCUCGGUUCAAUGCGUUCUGAUUGACGGUAGGGUGUGAUCUCAUCUUCAUCAUAUCCUUCUACCACAGGGAAAAUAUUACAUUUCAUGUUUGUCUUGCAAGGUUCCUAUGACUCGAUGGGCAGUUUGCUUGCCAAAUGUAUAUCACAAAGGUUGAAUCUCGCAGGCAUUCGCGAUACAACCAUCGCCAGAAAUUUUAAACCUGAUUUUCAUGACCUCAAUACUUAUAAGGAAAAGUUAAUAUAAUUAACACCUUUACAAAUAUCGUCAUCUCUUUUAUAUGUUCCUGGGGGGGAAAUGUUUGCUCAUAAUUUUGAAUCCAUAGCCUGCGUCGGUCGGGCGUCGCGGAUGAGAGACGGGGCGCCGCCGUGUACAUAUUCCGCUCAAUCAGUGAGGCGCGGCGCCCGGACAUAGGACGACGAAAUGAACGGUGAUAACUUAGCGGCCUUCGAUUUUACUUGUAAAGUUAGCUCUUAGUGUUCCCAUCGUCAUACAUUCGGGCCACGCCGUUGGCUACCGUUUGCGUUGCGCACUGUUGUGAAUUAACUAUCGUUUGCCAAAUAUUUAGUUGAUAUCAAUACGUUUUUGUCGACUUAUUUAAGUUUCAUUCUCGAUUCGGUUAGUUGUCAUUGUAAAUAGCUAUGGAUGGAACGGGCGCGGCGGGCGGCUUGGCUCAUUGUGGAAGGAAGAUUGAAAAUGCGUUGAGAACAGUAGUAAACUGGAAUGGCUCCGAUUGGCUCCUUACCUACGCAAUGCAUUAGCCGUAGACGCUCACCCGCGUCCGUUCGGUCUCUCACAAUAAUGUACAGCACAAAAUGUCAUUGUAAAAAUCUAUUGAUAAGUGCAUAUCAGAAUAAUUUUAAUGUUAGAAUAAUUUUUAAAGUUUGUGAGAAGAGUUUGUCUGAAACGUGUGUAGGCGCAUCGUGGCGUGGGGUAUUAUACAGGCGGAACCCGGUUGCAAUAACUAGUUAAUAUUGUUUUAAUAGUGACUGGAUGGCAACUAGAGUUUGAAGGUUAUUUUUUCCGAAAUAUCAGUUUUAUCGAUAAAAAAAUACCCGCCAGACAUACCGCUUACUUAGUAUUAUGGAUAUGUUUUAUUUAUUGAUCGCAAGCGUCAUAUACAUGUUGAUAUAUGAUAAUAUUUUAGUAGGAUUUUUGUCCAAUUACAGUGGCAUUCUCUGAACUGCCCGACUUGCACUUGAUAAACGCUCCUCGACAGUUUUGUGAAAUUCUAAACUUGUGGAAUGAAAUUAAAAUAACACUAAUGAAUUUUAAAGUAUGGUUUAUGUUUCGGUACCAUUUAUUAUUAAGUUUAUUUUUGGGUUUGAUUAGAUUUUAUUACUUUCAGUUUAAUUCUUUAGGUUUUCACUUCGGGAGGGCAACACUCAUAAAAAUGUUCAGUAUUGCCGUCUACGAUCUUUUUAUUCUAAAUUGUUUAUUUUUACAAAGUGUGUUAAAUUUAGGCCUUCACACAAUGUAGUUACCGUCAGCGGCGGGACCGCUAGUCGCCUCAAAAGUUAUCACUUGAUAAUACUUCCAAUACUAUGUGAAGGUUUAUUUUGCUACAGACCACUUCUCUCACUCUUAUGUUCCUUUUUAAACAAAAUUGUGACAUAAAUUCUGGGGCCAAACUUACGAGAAAAUGGAAGUACAAAUUAAAAAGAUUUUUCUCGUAAUUUAGUUUAAGAUUUUUUACGCUACUACCAGACAUACAUUGUGUAAGUGUCUAUUGGAGCCCCGUUUUAAAUCUGAAUAAAUUUAUGGUAAUUUGUAGAGUAAAAUCAUGAAUCCGUCGUAAACCUCGGUCAAUUGUAAUUUGUUUUUUUCUGUCGAUAAUUUAUCGUGAUGCAGUGAAGCGAAACUACACUUGGUAGUUACAUUCAUCAGUAUGACUAAUUUAAAACGGGCCUCCGAUAGAGUAUUAAAUGUAAUAUGAAAUUUUCCUUCCGAUCAAAGCUGUUUUCAAUAGAAACUAAAAUAUUAUACGUAAUUUGUACUAGGUCUUAAAUGCAUUUGAUAAUUUCUGGGUAUGAUACAGUACAAAAUGUUCGACGGACUUUACACCAAAUUAGCAUAAUCAGCCUGUAAUGAAAAACUUGGGAUGUCACUUUUUGCAUAAUUUAUUAUACUGCAUGCUAGAGAAACCAAUAGUGUUACAUGUUAUCAAAGAAGUGGUGCAAUUAUAAUAAAAUUACCUCUAAGAUUGAUAUCAUAAUUUGUUGUAAUAGCCCAACUCAAGUGCUGUUCAGAAAUAGUUCAAAGAUAUUGAGAUGGUUAAAGUGAUAUUCAGAAUAAUCACAUUUCAUCAAAAUUAUUCAUCUAUACAUUUUGUAAUAUUUCUGCACGAGUACUUGGGACUAGGCUCCGUGAUGUAGUUAAAUUAAGGUUCGUAAUGCACAAUGCACAAAGCAACAGUUACAACGAGUGUAGGUCCACAGGGUCCCAAUGUAGCGUUCUCCUCAUUAAACGUAACUCAUAAGUCACCCCCAAUCAUGGCAUAAGUCACAAUGUUGACGGACAAAGCGACGACCAAACCGACACUGUCCUCAUGAUCGCUCAUCAGACGUGUUGGUUUCUUCUAGCUUUCACUGUACCGAAAUACCUUGAAUCAUUUUGUAAUGUCUGACGCGGUAUAUGUAUAUUGUUUAGUUUUUCUUACUUAGUUUGGCAACGGAUUAUUAUUGUGUAUAAAACCUUGUAUUUGUACUUACUUUUCGAACGUAGAUGACUUUUUUAUCGACACAUGACAGUAGGUAAAUAAUGCGAUGUUCGAUUCGGCUCGUUUUAACUUGCCAUCUCUUGUAUAGUGAUCAAAGACUUGACCGCAUGUUAUAGUGAACUUUUCCUGGUUAAUGAUAGAAAUUGAAGGUGCAAUGUUAUAAUAAAUUAGUAUUUAUCGAGAGCGACGCUAGAGUGGAGAGAGAAGGUAACCUAUACGCUUGUUUGGCGCCAUUUAUUGUUGGUGUAUGGCCUGUUUGGUUUGUAUUAAUUUGUGUUGGAAGACUGAGGUUAAUUAUUCCAGUUUCGACGAACGUGCGAGUUAUUUGUUGAUUGAAUUUAAAUAUAAAGUCAUAUAUAUAUAGUUAGGUUAUAUUUUUUAAUAAAUACAAUAUUGAGAUAUGUAAUAUA